GGGUUCGAAGAGCAAGCCACAGCAUUCCAGGAUCAGGAAAUCGAUGGCAAGUCACUGCUGCUGAUGACGCGUAAUGAUGUGUUGACGGGUCUGUCAAUAAAGCUGGGCCCGGCGCUGAAGAUCUACGAGUAUCAUUCUGGCUUGCUUCCGGCGCACAGUUCCUGUGAUGUUUCCUGAGGGGUUGUCGAGGGGAAGAAGAACCUGUGAUGUGUGUCUGAUGCCGCUAUUUCCUGUCAAAAUGAAGCUGGCGAACCUGUCGACUGGUUCAUCAUCUACAAGAUGCCAAAAUUUAAGAUUGGUGAAGUGGGUAGUGGGGUGGACUAUAUGUACCUGGAUCCCUCCUUAGGGACCUGGCAACUCAGUAAAUUCAUGGUUAACACGAGUCAAGGAGCUAUUGGAAACACCCUCAACCAGCUUUAUCGCAAAACCAUUUACAAGUCCAACAGCUCUGUUUACGGCCUCUACAAUGAUGCACCACCUGUCCUCAAAUACAUCAAAGAAUAUGGACACACUAAAGGGGUACUACUGUUUGACCGUUCCCAAGGCUUCUGGCUGUCACACAGUAUUCCCCAUUUCCCCUCAUUCCCAGAGUUGGGUUACCUCUACCCAUCCUCUGGGAAAGUCAAUGGCCAGACAGCUUUGUGUGUGAGCCUCCGUUAUGACCAAUUCCUUAAUCUCACACAACAUCUGGUGUAUAUUUUUCCACGGUUCUACAACUGCUCUGUGCCCUCUGCAUUUGCGACCAAACUUCCUCAGCUGGCCCAGUUAUGUGCUGGCUACAGACCAGAAGUGCUUUUGGAUAAAAGAAUGGACCAGCUCUUCUCCCUGCAGGGAGAGAUGUUUCUAAACUUUGCCAAAUCUGAACGAUUUGUUGAUGACAUCUACACUGGCUGGGUUGCUCAGGUCCUGCAUGUGGACUUGCUGGUUGAGACCUGGCAGAGACAAGGCCAUGACCUGCCUUCCAACUGCUCCCUGCCCAAUCACGUCAUGAACAUCAAGAGGAUCCGGCUACCCGAAUCUGUCCCAUUCCAUUCUAAGUACGACCACUCCAAGUGGUGCAUGUCGUGGUCUCCUCACAAUCAGGUGACCUGCUUGGGGGACCUGAAUAGGGAGGUAUCCCAAAUGUGGCGGGGCGGGGGGCUACUGUGCUCCCACAACCCUUUGAUCUACAAGGUUUUCAGACAGGUGGUGGACUGGUACAUUGGAUGCUGAACUAAAGACUGUUGUAUUGUAAAGGGAUUGACAUUUGUCAACAUUUCACUGAUUGUCUAUGAUAAUUUUGAUGCAGUAUCAAUUAAUCCAUUCAUCAGUUUCCUACUUUUAUUCUUACUUAAUUUCUCAUUUUUUAGAAUAAUAUUUUUAUGAAGCACAUUCUCUAAAUGUUGUAAAUUUAUGGCAAUAAGCAGAAUUAUGCUACAGUAUCAUGUUCUUUGGUCAGCAAACUGAAUCAAGAGCACCUAUGCUUUUUCCAGUCAAGUAAUGUACUCCAUUUUGGCUUUUUUUUUUUUUUUUAAACGUGAUUCAUCAAAAAUUCACUCAAUUGACAGAGAACUUAACAAGAACAUUUUUAACUCAUCUUUUUUAUUAUUAUAUUUUUUCAUCAUGCAUGCUUUAGCUCUGAAUCUCUAAUGGGUGUAUCCAUACAGAUUUACCUGCAGAUUAUGAAUGUACAUAACAUGGAGAAAAAAACAACUUUUUCCUGGAAGCACACAUGCGGAUAUGCUCACAUGGUCCUUCAAACGGUUACA